AUGCCAUUUGUCAGUGAGGGGAAGUGCGUGAGCGUGGAGUGGGAUUUCCUACAAGGACUUCUGGCCAAGCCUCCCACCCUGCCAUGUCUUCAGAACUUGCGUAAGGAAAAGUCUCGUAAUGCAGCUCGUUCGCGACGGGGCAAAGAGAACUUUGAGUUCUUCGAGCUCGCCAAAAUGCUGCCAUUGCCGGGGGCUAUCACCAGUCAACUGGACAAGGCCUCUGUCAUCCGGCUCACCAUCAGCUACCUGCACAUGCGCACCUUUGCCAGCCAGGGAGACCCGCCCUGGAGUCCUCUUCUGGAGGGCGACAACUGCAGUAAAGUACGACGGUCAUCUCAUUCUUUGUCCACUGACAUGUUUGAGCAGCACUUAGGAGCACACCUCCUUCAGUCUCUGGACGGCUUUGUAUUUGUGGUCAGCCAGGAGGGACGUUUCCUUUACAUCUCAGAGACUGUUUCCAUCUACCUGGGCCUCUCGCAGGUGGAGCUGACCGGCAGCAGUGUGUUCGACUACAUCCACCCGGCGGACCACGUGGAGAUGGCCGAGCGGCUGGGGAUCAGGCCUCAUCUGCGGGCGGAGGCGGGCUGUCAUACGGGCCCUGAGAGCGCCUCCAGCUCCGCAUCCACCUCCUCUUUAGCAGGCACUCCUGAACCUGCCGCUCCAUCGAGUCCUCACUCACACUCAGCCGAUGACUCGCCCGACCGCGGCUUCUUCAUCCGAAUGAAGUCAACCCUGACCAAAAGGGGCCUGCAUGUAAAAUCAUCAGGAUACAAGGUGAUCCACGUCACCGGCCGUAUCCGCUGUCGGCCAGCUCUGGUCCCGGGCUCGUCACGGUCGGUGAGGCGCCCGAUGGGGCUGGUGGCAUUGGCGCACACCCUCCCCCCCUCCACACUCAACGAAGUGCGCAUGGAGAGUCACAUGUUUGUGUUCCGCGUCAACAUGGACCUGCAGAUCACAAUCUCAGAGUAUAUGGAUCUGACUCCAGCAGAAGUUGUGGGACAUACGUGCUACCACUUUGUGUAUGUGGAAGACCUGGAAAACCUCCGCCAGAGCCACGAGGACUUGCUGAGGAAAGGCCAGGUGGUCACAGGUUACUACAGGUGGCUGCAGAGACGAGGGGGCUACUUGUGGAUUCAGUCCACUGCCACCGUGUCCAUCAAUCACAAAGCUCCCCACGAGCGCAACGUCAUCUGGGUGAACGUGGUUCUCAGUCGGACAGAGUUGCCUGACACGCCCCUUGAUUUGCUGCAGUUACCAGAGAGCGUUCGGGCUGAGCGACUCCGCGUUAGCUCCUCUCCCACUGACAGCUCCCCACAGGCUCGAAGUGCACAACCACCUAAAGGCCCAGCAGCAAAGAGUGAGACAGAACCGAAGAACAGUGCGAAGUUCCCGUCCGCGUCAGUGCAGUCGGAGGAGAGGAGGAAGCGCCUGUUGAGAUCUGAGCCAGAGGGAGCCCCCCCACCGAGCCGGCGCCGCCUGGAGGAGGCUCGGCAUGAGGAGAGCGUGUCCUCUGAUCUGGCCAGUGACAGCGACGGAGAGGACGACGAGGCGGACUGGGACAGCGAUAGGCUGAAGGACGAGGGGAAGGGGGGCAGUAAACACAGAGCCACAGAGAGCGCAGGCCGAGGGGGCAGCUCCGGGGGGCGUGUGCACAACGGCCGGGCCGUCAUCCAGCAGCUCAAGAGUGUGGUGACUCCUGCCCCUCUGCCCGGCAGCCCCAGCAUCAAGACUGAACACGAGGCUCUGAACGCUCGCUGGAACUCCUCCGCACACCCACCUCAGCCCUCACACACCCCCUCCAGCAGCCUAAAUGGAGACAGCCCCGCCACACCUGUCCCAGACUCCUCCUCCAGCAGCGAAGCCCCCCCCAAGAGUUUGUUCACUCCCCCGUCACCCACCCUGUCCCCCCCUAUGUCUGUGUCAUCCCCCCGGGAGGAGAGAGGCUCCAUGGGGCGCAGCAGCGCAGGAGGCCCAGACUUUGACCUGUUGCAGAGACUAGCGGCCGGAGGAGCAGCGGCGGGGAGAGUGCUCUUCCACCCCUUAGCUCUGGGACCGCAGGGUCCACAGAGUCUCUAUGCUCCCAGCACUAUCCGCUAUGCCCCUCCCGAGCUGCCCCCGUCCCACCACCACACCUCUGUGCACGACGGCCUGCAGCUACGCUCUGACCAUCACAAGGGACCACCGCCGUCCUUCUUCCCCCACCUGCAGAGGCUGGCGGGGCUGCCACCUUUCAGCGGCUUCUCCCCCUCCGACAGCCCCUUUCCCUCUGGACUGCCCUUCUGUAUGAACGGACUAAGAGGGGCUGCGGGCUCCGAGGAGGACUGA